GGGCGUCGCUGUUCUCGUAGCCUCGACGAAUGCCUCAAAAAGCUAGAAAAGAAAAAUUCGCACUGAAGCACUUUAGCUAAGCUAGCGCCGCUAGCUCUUCUUCAUAUGUGAUUCUUAAGAAAGGAGUAUCAGGACAGGAGCAGUAGUUCAUGGAAGACAAGAAAAGGAAAAAAGACGACAAAAGGAAAAGGGAAGCCUCUCAGAAGGUUGCAGAACAAAAAAACAAAGUGCCAGACUUGACCAAGCCGGCGUCUGCCCAGUCUCCUGCCACUCAGAGCAGCUCUGCCUCCCCUAGCCCUGGACCCACCCCCUCUGCCUCCCCAUCCCCAGCCACCUCAGGCCCUGGCAGUGCUGCCACCCCAUCACAGGGCGGCAACAAUGCCAAGCGCCUGGGGGUGGCCAACGGACAGCCCACCUCCACCACCAGUUCUUCCUCCACCGCUGGCGGCCCAGGUGCUGCUGGAAACGGCAGUACAAGUAGCGGAGGCGGAGCCCAGGCGCCUCAGCAGCAACCGCGCUACAUGCCGAGAGAAGUGCCCCCGCGAUUCCGCUGCCAGCAGGACCAUAAAGUGCUACUGAAGAGGGGUCAGCCGCCACUGUCCUCCAUGCUGCUGGGAGGGGGAGGAGGAGGAGGGGAUGGCCCAAAUGCAAACAUGGCUGCUGUCUCAGACACUGGUGCGGUUGCCUCCUCGUUGGCCCUCACCUCAUCAUCAGCUGCUGCUUCUACUACUACUUCUAAUUAUGCAAAUUCCAUGUGGGGGGCAAGCUCAGGCAGCCAGACCUCCUCUCAGGGCAGGGAGAAGGUGAUUGUCGAUGGCAACAACCUGGAGGAGUGGCCUAGCAUCGCUGGCAGUGAUGGGGGAUCAGCUUCAUUCACCAGGGCUGGAGGCGGCAGCAGCAACAAUGGAAUGCCUGUGAACAGCAUCAGUGCCUCUGGCAACCAUUCCUCACCCACUUCCUCAUUCUCUUUGCCCAAUGAAUGUAUGCAGUCGUCCAAUGGUGUGGCAUGGGGGACGGCUGCCUCCCAGGGUCAUCUUGGAGGAGGGAGUGCAGUAGCUACAGCUGGGCCACUGCUACAACAGCCCUCCUCAAUUUCCAAAGCCUCCACUGUGCCAGGGAGCCAUGAAACCAGUGGCCCCGUUGAUGGAAGCAGUGGGAUUCCAGGUGCCAACUUCAAUCCAAAUGCCAACCCUUCGGCCUGGCCUGCCCUUGUGCAGCAGGAUGGGCCCGCUGCUGCAGGGGAAGGAGGUCCGUCUUCCUUCCAUCACCAGGGACCUGGAGGGUCUUUGUCUGCCAACAACUCUGCUUCCCUGGGGCCGGGAGGCGGGGCAGUCGGGGUGCUGGGGGGUCACCCACCUUUAUCUGUGAAUCAAUCAAGCACCCAUCAGCACCAACUUCACCAAAUGCAAUCCAGAGACAGAGAGAUGGGAGGGGGGAAGUGGGACAGCGAAUCAGCGGGACCAAAAAUCGCAGGUGGGGAAGGGAUUGGGGGAGGAAUGGACCGUGGUGUGGGAGGAUGCGGAAUGAGUGUGGGAGACCACAACAUUGCCUCCUCAUGGAGAGGCCAGCCUUCUUACCCUGCAGCUAACUCCAAAACGGGUGCCUCAAGGACUGAUGGAUGGGAGGGUGGAGGUGGUGGCACAGGGGGAUUCGGAGCUGCCGAAGGUGAUAAUGGGACCUCAGGUUGGGGUUAUUCAAGUUCCAGUAGUGGGGUUAAUGCUUGGGGUAGUGCUGGAACUGGAGGAAACGGUAGUCAAACCUCUGGGGUUUCUCAGGGAGGGUGGGGGUCAUCAGGAGGAGGAGGGGAGAGAGGAGUUUCUGGUGGUGAUUGGGGUGGGAGCUCCACUGGUAUUGGGGGAGCUAAUCCAGUAGGUGAGGGAGUGAGUGAAGCCUGCAGCAGUAACAGCAGCAGUAGUGGGGGUAGCACAGCUGGCAACCCCCCUGCCACCUCGUCGUCCUCCUCAACGGCCACCACUUUGACCAGAGCCUGGGACAAUCAGAAGGGAGAGGGUGAAACAGGGGAAUGGGGCGGGGGAGUAGGAGGACAGGGAGCACGGGGAGGAUCUUCAUCCAGCGGCGGAAACUCCAGAAAUGGGAGCGGACCUAACAGCCGUUACAAUUGUCCUCGCCAUCAGGCACCUAAUGCUGAAGCUGCCUUACAGAAUCUUCUAAGUCGGACUGAUCUGGAUCCACGGGUUCUAUCCAACACAGGCUGGGGCCAAACACAGAUCCGACAAAACACAUCCUGGGAUGUCGAAGAACAGGGAAGACAGAAUAAAGGUGGAUUGUCAUCAGCUUCAUCAAAACAUCCAUUUUCACAUGGUAGUAAUUCUCAGUUUUCUGGUGGACAAAGGACCCUAAUCACUGAAUCAGUUGGUCCAGGGGUCAAUCCUUCCUUGGUUCCAUCUGCCGGGUCCUCUGGAGAGGGUUGGGAGAGCAGCAGUAACAGUAGCAGUAGUGGGGCCUCUCUGUCUGGGAGAGCCCCACCACCUUCAGGCCCCAACUUGAGGAAUCUUGGCGUCUCACAAUCUGGGCCAGUGACCACAGCAGGCUCGGGUAUGGGGUCAGGGGUAAUACCAGGACAUAACCAGCAGGGGAAGACUACAGGCUGGGGUGGAGAAGGGAUGGGGGCUGGGGAUGGCAAAGAGGCCAAAGGCUGGGGAAAUGAGGAAUGGAGAGACAGUAAUAGAGGAGGAAAUGGAGCAGGAUGGGGUGAUAUUGGGCAACAGGGUGAGCCAGUGAGUGGAGGCUGGGGAGGAAAUCGGGAGGAGAAAGGGGCAGGGGGUUGGAAAGACAUGGGUGGGAAUGGAGGAGGAAGUGGGUGGGGAUCAGGACAGAAGGUUGGGGCAGGAAGGGACUGGGGUGAGCAAGAGUCCAAAUCAAACAGUGGAGGAGGAGGAGGAUGGGAGGAUGAGAGGAAGAAUGCAGGAGGAAACUCAGGUGGGGAUACAGGUGGGGGUGGUUGGGGAAGCUGGGAUGAUAAUGCUCCUCGGAGAACCUGGGGAGCAGGGGGCACAGGAGGAGGAGGCAGUGGAGGAGGGGGUAUGGGUGUUGUUGGGGGUAUGGGGUCCAAACCCAAUCAAAAUUGGAGUGGAGGAAACAAGAUGCACCAGAUGCCAAACAGCCAGUUGGGCUCCAUCACAGGCCCUCAGGCACAACUGCAACAGCAACAAUCACAGUCCCGCAAUCAGCAUCCACAGCUGCAGCAAGCAUUGGACCAAGGGGCUAUGCAAGGGGGUGGGGGAAGGAAACCCGUAUCUCAAGCCCAGAAUCAGAACCAAAGCUCAGGCUGGACCUCAGGGCCCAUCCCUGGUGGUUCCGCAGUAGGUGGAAGUGGGUCUGAACCGAGUGGCUGGGAGGAACCCUCGCCACAGUCCAUAAGCAGGAAGAAUGAGAUUGAUGAUGGAACAUCAGCAUGGGGUGACCCAACCCAUUGCAACUACAAGCCAGUCAACUUGUGGGAUAAGAACAGUGCCCCUGCUGGCCAGCAGCCGCAUGUACAAAGUCAGGCCCAGCAGCAGCAGCAGCAGCAACAACAACAACAACAACAACAACAGCAGCAGCAACAACAACAGCAGCAGCAGGGGCCUCCAAUACAGCAGCAGUCUAGUAGGCAGGCUCCAGGACUCGGAGGUAACAGAGACUUCAACACUGGCCAUGGACCUGCAAAAGCUUCACCUAUGGCUAUCAAAGAGUAG